AAUUUUUGUGGGUUUUGUGUUUGUUUUGUUUGGUGUAGAGGGAGAAAUGGAGGGAGGCUUCCAUGGAGGCACUACUGAUGGGUCGGCUUUCAGACAAUGCUUUUCUCUGCUCUGGAACAAUCCUUAUGUUCUUCGUCUUGCUUUCUCUGCUGGAAUUGGUGGCCUUCUUUUUGGUUAUGACACUGGAGUGAUUUCUGGAGCACUUCUUUACAUAAGGGAUGAUUUCAAGUCGGUGGACAGAAACACCGUUUUACAGGAAACCAUAGUGAGCAUGGCAAUUGCAGGGUCCAUAAUAGGAGCGGCAAUUGGAGGAUGGAUGAACGACCGAUAUGGAAGGCGAACUGCAAUUCUCAUAGCAGAUUUUCUCUUCUUCAUUGGAGCUGUGGUCAUGGCUGCUUCACCUGGCCCUUCCCUUCUCAUUGUCGGUCGGGUUUUCGUUGGCCUUGGUGUAGGAAUGGCUUCCAUGACCUCCCCUUUGUACAUCUCCGAGGCUUCCCCUGCAAAAAUCCGUGGUGCCCUUGUUAGCACAAAUGGUUUUCUCAUCACUGGUGGCCAGUUUCUAUCCUAUCUCAUCAACCUGGCUUUCACCAAGGCACCGGGGACAUGGCGGUGGAUGCUCGGUGUUGCAGGUGUUCCAGCGCUCGUGCAGUUUCUCUUAAUGUUAUUUCUUCCAGAGUCACCUCGAUGGUUAUACCGCAAGGGAAGGUCAGAAGAAGCUGAAAGGAUACUAAGAAAAAUAUACUCACCAAAUGAGAUAGAGGCAGAGAUUCAAGAUCUCAAGGACUCCGUUGAAGCAGAGAUCAAGGAAAAACAGUCUUCUGAGAAGAUUAGUAUGAUCAAGCUAUUGAAAACCAAAACGGUGAGAAGGGGACUUUAUGCAGGGGUUGGACUCCAGGUUUUCCAGCAAUUCGUGGGCAUAAAUACAGUUAUGUACUACAGUCCUUCUAUAGUUCAGUUGGCUGGCUUUGCAUCUAAUGAGACAGCACUCCUGCUUUCACUGGUCACUGCUGGGCUCAAUGCAUUGGGCUCCAUUGUGAGCAUAUAUUUUAUUGAUAGAACAGGGAGGAAAAAGCUUCUAGUCAUCAGUUUAUUUGGUGUCAUGAUUUCUCUUGGCCUUCUAUCAGGAGUUUUUCAUGAAACAACAUCUCAUUCUCCAUUAGUGAGCACCAAAACCACUCAACUCAACGCCUACACCUGCCCCGACUACAGUUUGGCCCGAAAAACUGCUUCUUGGGACUGUAUGAAAUGUUUGAAAGCCUCAUCUCCAGAUUGUGGUUUCUGUGCCUCAGCAGCUAAUAAGCUAUUUCCCGGCGAAUGUUUGGUUUCAAACGACACAGUGAAGGAUUUGUGCCUCGGUGAAGAUAGACUGUGGUACACUAGGGGAUGUCCUAGCAAAUUUGGAUGGCUUGCACUCAUUGGUCUUGCUCUUUACAUCAUUUUCUUUUCUCCAGGAAUGGGAACUGUGCCAUGGAUUGUUAAUUCAGAGAUUUAUCCAUUAAGGUAUCGUGGAGUCUGUGGAGGAAUAGCAGCCACUGCAAAUUGGGUCUCAAACCUUGUUGUUGCUCAGUCCUUCUUAUCUUUAACACAAUCAAUUGGGCCUUCCUGGACAUUCCUACUAUUCGGAUUGAUUUCAAUAGUAGCACUUAUGUUUGUCCUGAUAUGCGUGCCUGAAACGAAGGGCCUUCCGAUUGAGGAGAUUGAGCAGAUGCUUGAGAACAGGGCUUUGCAUUUGAAGUUCUGGGAGAAAAGGCCAGAUACAUCGGAAAAAGGCCAAGGCGCCUGA